CAUGCUGGAAGCACUAGUAUACCAAAUCAUACAUUUAUACAUCCUGGAAGCCUCAUUGCCACGUAACUAGCGUCAUCUGCACACAUAUUUGCUACGUGUAUGCUCGUAAGCGCGCCAAGACAGCCUUACAUCCCCGCAACGAAGUUGUUACAUUUUGGCAUCGAGGAUACAUCUGCGACUGCCAGUGAGUCAUGACCAACAGGUCUUAGCUGACCGUACUCGUCGUCCUGCAAAAUAGAGAUCGCGCCCCGGAAGACGGGUGCCUAAAGAGAAGAGGCAUAUUCUUUUUGCGGUACGUUCUGGUUAUGAAAUUACCCUUUUCUGGCUUGCAUUCUCCGUUGGGACCUUUUCGUUUCGCUAUUCAGCAUUUAUUCAUUCUUCUCCUUUCUUUGUGCAAGGCAAGAUAUUUCUGAUCAAUGGCAGCAAGUUCUGCACAGCUCAAGCACCACCAAACGCAGAUUGAUCGCUUCUACGAUAUAGUUUACCUGUUGAAGUCCUUGAGCCAGGUGCGGGGCGAGAGAAUCAAACAGAAAUGCUCUUUGGAAAAAGAUGGGUAUCGCAUAGCCAAGUUCCGGCGAGAUUUGGCGGAUGCACUAGCAUAUAUUGCGGCUUACAAGAAAAAUCCCGAUUACGUGACAGCGGCGGCAUUGACUCUUUCGGAAGAUGGUGAGGAAGUGAUUGUCUGGGUCGCGGCGAAUAAAGUGGUUGAACCGGGGGUAAUCGAGUUCUUGAAAGAAGUCCUUCAUAUUCUGAGCGGUAUUUCUGACCGUACCCACCGGCCUCAAGGCCCCUAUAGGGCUGCCCGGGAACAGGACUUUCAGGAAGAUGGGUCCGGGCUUCUGUCUUGCAUCUUGAAGUUCAAUAGCGAAAGGAACUUUGCAUACUACACUAGUUUUCUCAAGACCUGGGAAGAAGACAUUUCUCCUUCUGAGGGAGCAAUCGCGGAAGACGAGGAUGUGCGUCGGCUGAAUGAGUGGAUUAUCAAGACGUUUCACCGAUGCAGUGGAAGGUUAGCAAAGGAGGACAUGGUCAACUUUGCCCAAGAAUGUCACAAGGCACGCACUGGAUAUUCUGAAGUGUUUGACACUCUGAAGCAACUCACACAUCGGUACAAGAACGGAUUGGGAAACAAGUUUGAGCGGCUCCAUAAGCUGCUUCUUAAACUUGGUAAACAUAUUACUGUUCACAAAAAGCUGAUCCAGGUGAGGCGUUCGCUUCAGAAAGACUUCGAUAAAGGGUUUGAGGUGAGGGCUGUUCCGAAAUCAAGUCAGACCAAAAUUCGAAGUCUUAGGAAAGGCAAAUUCGACUUAAACAACAUUUCCCGUCAUCUUUAUCGGGAAAAAGAUGAUUUGGCUGCCUUCUUUAGCCAUCUGGAAAAGUUUCAUGACGUGAAAAGGAUUUCUGAAGACAUUACAAAAGCAUGCAAGUCAGGAGGCCGAGUACAUGCCGAAAUACAACUGAUCGAUCAUUUUGACAGGACAAGAUGUCAAUUCCUUGACAAAGACAGCCCCUACAUAGGGUGCAGCAAGCCUGCAUGCUAUCUUUGCUACUACUAUAUUGCUGAGCAUCCGAAUAGGUACUAUCCUCCUUCUUCUCACCAAAAGAUUUACAACAUAUGGUGUCUCCCGACGUUGUAUCAGGGUGAUCAUGAAGCUAGUAUCAGAUUCAACGCCCAGAAAAGGUUUUUGAAGAUGAUGACGGAGAAGCUCUGCACUGAAUUGAGAACUGAGAUUGCGAAUCAACGAGAGCCAAGGACUUAUCAUGCUGAUUCGACCGCCGGGGUGACCUCAACUAUCUACUCGCACACAUUGAAACAAGAAAACCUCCCUCAGCUAUACCCAUUCCAAACUGGAAAUGGAACAAAAGAGAACUACAGAAUACCAUAUCCUGAUCCCGAGGAGGAACACAACGAUGAAGAAGGCACGGUAGUUUUCAAGGGAAGAAGAAGGUCUUAAAUUCCCAAUGGUCCCGUCAGACUUCUAGUAAUCUCAGUGCGUCUCAAUAGACAAAAAUUUGUCUUGUUGUCUUAUGUAAUCCAGAGGUUCCU